UCUUUGGAUAUAAAGCCAUGAAAGCCUACAUGUUAUAUUCAGUUUUGUUGUAAGCACAGUGAAACGUUGGAAAAAAAUAGUGAUUGACAAAAUGAUGCCUUUAAGUUCUUAUCAGAAGCUUUUCAUCAUCUCGGUGCUAUGUGCUGUAUGGAUGAGUUCAUCAGCUGCUCCAGUUGAUGAUUCAGACAAACCUAUCACAGUGUUGGAUGAAAUAGAAACGAUGCCCUCUGCUGAUAAUAACUCAACGUACACCAGAACCAAAAGGUUCUUUGACCUUGAGCUCUUUUUGGCUCGACAAGGUACUAACUGGUGUCUCGACAAAACAACUGAUCCUGAUAGUAGAGUUUCCCUUGGUAAAUUCGCUCAAGCAGAUAAAUGUUGUAGAACCCUUGUUCGAUGUACCAGUAAUGAACAGGAUAUCCUUACUGAGAAAUAUCCAACAAAAAGCAGAGAACUAAGAGGUGAAACUUUUCGAUCGUGCGUCUGUGAUGAUGAAUUCAGAAGAUGUUUAAAUGAUGUGGUAGUAAUAACUUUCCCAGCCAAUAGCAUCGGAAAAUACUAUUUCAAUCACCUUUCACGCACAUGUCGAAAUGACGUCCUAGAUCUAGAGAAUAAUCGUGCAUAUUAGAUGGAUUUUAUAAAAA